UCAGUGUUUUAUCCAAGAAACAGAGUAGUGAAGAGCGUGGGAGGAAUCGUAACCCACGUGGAGCCACACUCUCUCCCUCUCUCAUCGAGUACAAGCUUUUGUAUAUAAAAGGGCGACAAGCCUAAUUGUUCGAGAAUGGCUUCACCACGCCUCGACGGAUCGCCCGAUCAUGCCGCACUUGAUGUUCACAGACUCGAGUCGGAUUGCGGCGAUUACGAAAGCGUGGUGAUGGUGAAGCUAACGGACGAGAUGUUCUCGGCUCUGAUGUUAGCUCAAAGAAAAGGAUUGUCCAUACGUGUUCACAUAGAUGAACAGGGUGGAAAAUGGGAGCUUGGUGAUCCUGCAAAUGGAGGUAGCGUAUAUCGCUAUCAGCAACAGGCUUUACCCGGUCCUCCUACCGAUGCUGUUGUGCAUGAUCCACGUUCGGGAACGUAUCGUGCCGUUGCUGCUUUUCGAAGCAAGUAUCAGAUCCAAGCAACGGAUAAGUCGUUCGCGGAUACUAGAGAACGGGCGCAGAAACUCAUCGAAGAAGAGAAGAGCCGUGGUACAAAAGAUGUCACCAAGCAUCGUCAAAAGGGUAGUUUGCUUAAAUCGGGUACACCACGUGUCGGGUCAGCAUCAUCGUCUCGCAAUGUUUCACCACUUCUUACACGGACUCUCGAUACUCCUUCUUCUCGUAUCAGUCCUAACAAAUUUGCCACUUCUACGGGUUCCAAUGGUAAUGCUUCUCUGAAUAGCGGGUCUUCGGGUACACCUCGCGCUACUCCCACACAGCAUUUGAAUAGCGAGUUACGUAAAAAGAAGUUGCGCCAACGGAUAAUUCAACUAGUCGUUCUUGGAAAAUUUUCUGGUGCCGAUUCGAUUCUGCGUCAAUUGCGUAAGGAUGGAUUGGCUGAUGAAGCGGGUAUUGAACGACGUGUUGAAGAUAUUGUACGCGAAGUUUCUGAACCUUCUAGUAGUGGCGAUUCUAAUAAGAUAACGUUGAAGCCUACUUUUUAUGGAGAGGUUGAUACGCGAUGGUUAUGGUACACUCAGGAUGAGAAGGCCUACGUCCGGCGUGUUACGCAGGGGCUAUCGACGUCGCAGGCUAAAAGUAGUAAUUUUGCCCCGAUGCGAAAAAGUGGAAUGGAGCGGAUGCAAGCUCCUACACAUCCUUCAAAUAAUUCGACAUCUGCUCCUGGGCAGACCGUUAGUCCUGAAGCAAUUCCUACACCUCCCAGCUCCCGCCCCGCUUCUGCUGUCUCCGCUCCCAUGCGCAAAACGCCUCCAAACCCUCCAAAGAGUGUUAGUACGGUAGUGAAUGGCAGCCGAGAGCAAACUCCUUCUAGUUAUCGUAGUCCUAUUGGCGAGACGACGUCAGUGAAUAAGCGAAAAGCGCAUGUUCCUGCCCAGCAACAGCGGCCCAAUGAUGGGAAGCGCCCGCGCCAAGAAAGUGCAAGUCCUCCCGAGGAUCCCACUAAUCACCCUCAACACAAUCAAAAGACGACUGCAGCCCGUUCCGGUGGCAGCACCGCUUCCUCUCGUCUUAGCUCCCCUUGCAGUUUAUCGUCUCCAACACAGCCAUCAUGUGAUUGGGAUAAAAACUAUGGAGAGAUAAAAUCUGUACACGAGGCGGAAAAAUAUUUCACUUUGUUUCAACAGGAAUAUCCUGAAUAUAGGGAAUGUUACAAGAUUCUUAACGAGGUGGCCGAAGAGUUUCGCCAGCUUGAAAUGCAACUUAGGAAUGCUAUGGAACAUCGUAAAGAUAUCGCUAGGAUAGAACAGCUUAUACAACAACGGUUCGCACACUAUGACAAAGACCCGGAGUUUGUUAAGACCCGUCAGCGUUACGCAGAUCUGCACUCCAAGCUGGCGGUGUUGAAAUCUCGAAUAUCCGACUUUGAACGCGCUCAAGAUAUGGCCGCAAGUGGCUCUACCACUGCUGUGCCGAUGGAUCUUUGCGACAUGGAGUGAUUAUCUCUACCGAAAGUACAAAAACGUCACUGAGUUGCCUGGCGAACGUCGUUUAUUCACAUCCGUUUCCAAUUUGAUCGUUCCGCCAUCGUUUGUUCGAGACAUUCCGCUUAUUCUAUCAAAGCGGUCAUGCGUGUUUUCGAUCGCAUCGCUCUUGCGAGAGUAAUCUUGAGACACCGUUCCAUCUCUGCCUCUCAGUGCAUUCUUUACGGGCUCUCACCCCCCAGUUCAAAUUGAUCCCCGUUUGCUUUUCACUCGCACUCAUAAUGAAUAGGAAACAAACUUGCUGGUUUGCAUUUUAUCCACACUACUUAUUGGGCUUGGCAUCAAAAAAUACAAAAUCAAAAUACGUGUAAAUAGCUUCAUUUGUAGUAUAUAGUUUUAUUAGCAUAGUCUUUCGUUUGAAAAUAUUGAAAAAAAUCUCAAAAUUUUUUUGUAGUAUAGUCGGAAGCUUUUGGUUUUUGGGUAGAAAGUAGUACGUGCGUAGUUUUUUUUCUUUGCUUGUAGAUCUUUUUUUGUUGAUUUCCUUGUUUAUUCUUUUCUUUGUAAGGGGACGCGUAGGGUCCGCUUGACCUCUGUGUCACGGCCGCCAAUCGUGCAACAACUAGUGACAAUAGAACUUACUGAAGCGGGCAGGGCCACAAUUUUAGGGAAAAAUUUUGAAAAAAAUUUUCUUAUCGAGUUGAGGCGAUGUGAGUGCUUGGAUGAUUGCGAAUACUUGUGAAUGGCAAUUUUUUCUCAAAUUUUGAGUUAGAAUGUGGUGCGGAUAAAAUGAACAACUCGUGUCUGUUGUCCUGUUGUGAAAGCACUGGUUACAUCAUCUACCCCCACAUCGAUCCCGUUCGUUUCCAUCCCUUUCGGAUCCAGAAAUGUUCAUUUUUUGCUUUCAUCAUCUGCUUUUCACACACAUCAUUAUAUCGUGAUAGGACUCAACGCAUUCAAUAUGUGUGUGUUUAUUUGCUCCCCUUAUCGUCGUCGUGUGUUUCUCUCAUCCGUCUCAAUUUGGUUACUGUUCGCUUUCGGUAGUUGUCUAUUUACGGGUGCCUGCACACUGUGUAUCUGCUGUGAAAAUUCCCAAAAAAAUGAUUCUGGUGUUGAUUCAUAUUCUUGCGUGGUGACUAAUUUUGCUCUGUUGUGCCUGUGUUCAUCUGUCGCUCUCUCUCUCUCUCGUUCCUCCCCCCUACACAUUUCUUUCACAAAUUAUGUGUACUUCUUCUCAUGCGCGCUUGCUUUGCACCGGUGGUCGAUCCCGUCAGCGUUUUUUCUUUCUCGUGCUUUCGUGGCAAAAAUUUACUUGCGGGGUUUGACAUAUUAUUGUGACGUACCCGAAUUAUCAUAUGCGCUCAAUAUGCACACACAAAAAAACGAGAACCAAAAUCCCCCCACAUACACCCUAAUCCCAAUUGCCCGGGUAUCCAGACUUGCCCGUUGUGGUAAUAUGGCGUUUUUCAUUAGUUGACUAGUUGCCUCGGAUAUAUGUUUAUUAUUAUUCAUAUCUCCCCACUCUUUUCUACGCUUCUCGGUUUCCGGUAGGCGCUGUGCUCGCCAUUUUUCAUUCAAUUGUUGAGAGUGCCAUUCCGUGUUUCACACACACACACCUUUUUGCUAUGUUGCUAUGAAAAGAUGGCUUAUUGUUUUUCAAUUUUUCAUUAUUUUCUUUUUCUCUUUGUAUUCUGGUUUGUUCCUUAUUUGCUCAGUCCGGUACAUAAUAAACCGCCUUGGACUGGUAUUC